CAGGUCACAAACACAGGUAGAGAGAGAGAGAGAUAGAGGCAGAGGCAGAAACAGACAGGUAGAGAGACGCCGAACUCAGUGAGAACAACAACUAACUAACUAACAACUGUGGAACUGAACUGAACAGAAGACAAACAGAAGACUGAAGUCCUAACAGAGAGAGAGACUGGUCCAUGUGCUAGUGUUGAAGUGAGCCACCAUGGCUAAACAGACAGAUAUGUUUGUCCUGUUCUUCGUCUGUCUGUCCGGGCUGGUCCAGUCUACGACAGCGAUGAUAUUCUGGACGGCGUACGUGGGGAUACAUUUCUAUGACAGCAGCACUAACCAGACGGAGACCAGGUUCUGUGAGUGUGGGGUGUACGGGCGUUCCUCCCCUCUAGAGAGUGCUGCCGGGAUGGUGGUCCUCCCUGCCUCAGACCCCCAGGGGUGCAGCCUGGACCCCUACCCCUCCAACGACAACACCACCUCCCAGGGGCCCUGGAUCGCUCUGGUCAAGAGGGGAAACUGUACCUUCAGUGAGAAGAUCAAGGCAGCGUGGGCCAGGGGGGCGGCGGCCGUAGUGGUCUAUAACCUGGACGGGACCGGUAACAACUCAAAUUACAUGAGUCACAGCAACACCCCUGGCACCGUGGCCAUUAUGAUCGGUAACCUCCAGGGGGUAGAGAUCGCCAACAUAGUGCGGGGCGGUCUGGCCGUCUCCAUGGUGAUCGAGGUGGGCAAAGCCCAUGGGCCCUGGAUGGACACCUAUUGGCUCUACUUCCUGUCUAUUGCCUUCUUCAUCAUGACGGGCGCCUCCAUUGUCUACUUCGGGUUCGUCUCCGCCCACCGACUGCACAGUCUCAGGGCGAUCCGUCACGCCGAUCGGCGGUUGAGGAAUGAGGCCAAGAAAGCGAUUGGUCGACUGGAGGUGCGUACGCUGAAGCGCGGGGACGAGGAGACAAAGUCGGACAGCCACACCUGUGCCGUGUGUAUCGAGUCGUACCGCCCAGGAGAUGUAGUGACCGUUCUGACCUGUGGUCAUCUGUUCCACAAGGCUUGUAUCGAGCCCUGGCUGCUGGACAAGAGGACCUGCCCCAUGUGUAAGGCUGACAUCCUGAAGGCCUUAGGAGUGGAGGGGCCCGGGGAGGAGGAGGAGAGCAGCAGUUCCUCUAUCCCACCACCAGAUGUCCCUAUCGUCACAGUGUCUGGAGGAUCAGGCGGAGAGCUGCUGUAUGAGGUCCCUCUCAACGGCAAACACCCACCGACCCCCACCCUGACCCCUCGACCCCCCACCGAGGCCUGGCAACCACAUCACUAUGACAAUAUGGCCUUCGAGGGAGAGACACGCCAUCAGGGGAACGUGGCCACCAGAGGAUAAACGACAACAACAACACUGGAUAAUGGUAAUUUCUACCUGGAGCAUGAACAACAACCCAUAGACAACUUCACACAGCUACAGCAGUGGCUUGUGAUAUACGGUACUAUCACUGUUAGCUAAACCAUAUCUACUGUACUGCUAGGAAAAUAUCUCCCUGGAUUCAAACACGGUUUACUGAUGAUCAAAUAACUACUUGUGCUAUCAACACUACUAUCAUGACAAUAGUUUCUAGCUCUACUUAUCUGCAUAGAGAGCUGUAGCCUAAACCCUGGUCCAGGAAAGCUGCUGGUGUGCAGGCUUCUCUUUUAACUUCUCUUUGAGAUCAAAGCUACUUCUUUAUAAUUUGUUAAAUGAACAAAUGAUCACUUUUAUUAUGAUGAGAAAUGCUGAAUAUAUUUGUAUAUUAAAUUGAUAUCACUGCUGUAUUUUUAAAAGUAGAUAUUCUAAGAGUAAAAAAAAAAAAAUCUGUAUAUAAGAAUGAAUCAAACUACAGUAUACUGUAAUGGUUCACAUUGAAACAUAUGAAAUGAAAUGAUUAACCAACAAAACAGAAUAUGUACUAAUUUACGUACUAAUCUGGUUUAGUAUCGCUAGAGAUGUACUGUACAUGUGUCUGUGGCAGGGUAGGUGUCAAUUUAAUUUCAAAUCAGUCAAUUCAGAAAGUGAAUUAAAUUCAUGAAUUGAUCAAAUCUUCAUUAAAAACAAAUGGCACUUUUGAA